UUUUUCCUACUUCUAGUCUGACAGAGCAAAGAGUAGGCUAAACCCCACCUUAUAUAUAGUGUGUGUGUGUGAGAGAGACAGAGAGAAAGAGAGAGAGGCGAAGCUUCUCUUCUUCUCUGCGACUUCGUGGGGGUAUUUCUUUGAAUCGAGAGAGCGACAUAAACCCUAACCCUAAUUGAAGCUCGUUGGGAAAACCUACGCAUUCCUUUGUUUACGAGGAGGGGAGAGGAAGGAAGACAAAGUCCUAUUUCGCAGAAGGAGAUGGGUAAGAAGAAGAAGAGGCCUUCGAAAGUUUGGUGUUAUUAUUGCGAUCGGGAGUUUGACGACGAGAAGAUCCUUGUUCAGCAUCAGAAAGCUAGGCACUUUAAAUGCCAUGUCUGCCAUAAGAAGCUCUCAACUGCAAGUGGAAUGGCAAUACAUGUUCUUCAGGUCCAUAAGGAGAACGUCACAAAGGUUCCUAAUGCUAAACCUGAAAGAGAAUCAACGGAAAUUGAGAUAUUCGGAAUGCAAGGGAUCCCACCUGAUAUUUUAGCGGCACACUAUGGAGAGCAAGAUGAAGAUGCCCCAUCAAAAAUGGCCAAACUGGAGAUUCCAACCCCAAAGCUUGGUGGUGUGGUCCCAGGAGCAGUAGGUGUUGGCUUUCCUCCGCAGUCCACUCUAGGUGCAAUGCAACCAAUUUACAAUUCUGCGUUAGCAAUGCCUCCUUCAGGUUGGCCAGUUCCUCCUCGCCCACAACCUUGGUUUCCACCGCAUCCAGCACUUUCAGUACCUCCUCCUGCACCUGUGGGAUUGGCACAGCAGCCUUUAUUUCCUAUACAGGCUGGGCAGCCUCCUCUUUCAUCCACAUCUCCACAGCAACCACCUUUUCCAAUCACGCCACUUGGAUUACCCUCAUCCACCCCGCUUGUUCCUGCUGUAUCUCAACCUUUAUUUCCAAUUAGUGUGAGUGCUACUGCCCCAACUCAUAGUUCACCGUUUUCAGCCGCUGUUCUUUCAACGACAACUCCACCGAGUGCGUCUGCAGAGCUUAAAAGCUUGGUUGACACAUAUUCAAGUGUGAACACUUCUACCGCAAAUAGCUACCAUGUCCCAGCUGUUCAAGGUGGUUCAUUUCUCAAUUCACAUACAUAUGCUUCAGGUCCAAAUACUGGUGGUCCUUCAAUAGGGCCGCCUCCUGUGAUAGCUAAUAAAGCUCCGGCAACCCAACCAGGAGCUAAUGAGGUUUAUUUAGUCUGGGAUGAUGAGGCAAUGUCCAUGGAGGAAAGAAGAAUGUCCUUACCAAAGUAUCAGGUGCAUGAUGAGACUAGCCAGGUAAGUUGUUACUGUAUCUCCCCUCUUAUUCUUCAAAUGGAUAUGCGAGUUGCUUUGCACAUCCGAAUGGAUGGUAAGGCUUUAUCUUUGCUGCUUUCAGAUUCAAUUAUUCAGACAUUCUUACAUAUGUUAGUGGUACUUUCAAAUGAAUACUGGGCCUGAAUUUUUUUCCGUGUUAAAUAAGAACAACCUUUGAAAAGAUCCUAUGGGCCCUUUAAUCAAAUAUCACUCUAGUUCUAACUAUGCUGGCCGAGGGGGCAUGGUGCUAUAUUUAACUGCCACUCUGCGGUUUGCAAGCAAUUCCACGGAUUUUUUGGGCAUCAAAAGAUUCAAGUAGGUAUUCACAUUAUCUUUGCUGGUAGUUAGUAUUUACAAAUCUGACAAGCAUGUUGCGAUCAGCUGGAGGUUUCUUCAAUCGGUCCACGCGAAAAAAAAUAGUGUAUGUAUUUGCUUUGUUGAAAAUUUUAAUUCUCCCUAUGAUUCAUUACAAAAUGUGGGGGUUUGUGAGGAACAAGAAUAUUUCCCACGGGAUUUUUCAAUUCAUAGCAUUUCUUGUUAUCUUUUUGAUCGUACAGUGCAUUCAGACUUGGCCCAGGUCAGCUUCUGUCUAUUUUGUCACUGGGGAAUGACUGGUGGUGAGAAUUUAUCUCUGAUUUUCAGUAGUGUGGUUUCAUUUUUCAGAUGAACUCAAUUGAUGCUGCCAUUGACAGAAGGAUAUCUGAAAGCAGGCUUGCUGGUCGAAUGGCCUUCUAGUUGCACCAUGGUAGAAGGUGGAUGAUCUAUAUAGAACUUCUCCAGAGGGCAAGCUUUCUCCAUGAACCAUAGAGACCAGAAUCCCAAGAGUAAAACCAGUCUUACUGUGUUCUUUUGGGACGGCACCACUGGUCACCAAAAUCAACUCUGUUGUAUUCAUUCAAACGGAGAUAGAAUAUAGAAACCAUUUUUUUUUUAAAUAUUUGGGGGGAUCAACUUUCUGAGAGAUGUAAUAACGUUUGAUAUGCUUUUAUUCGUUUCUUGGAUUUCAUUUUUAA